GGUCCCGCCCGCUUCCGCCCCGCGCUGGGCCCGGCGCCGCUCGGCCCCGGCAGACGCGGCUUCCGCCCGGCCGGAGCAUGACCCAGGCGGAGAAGGGCGAGGCGGAGAACGGGAAGGACAAGGAGCGCGACCGGGAGCGGGAGCAGCGCGGCGUUAAGCGGCCCAUCGUCCCCGCCGCCGUGCCCGAGUCCCUGCAGGAGCAAAUACAGAGCAACUUCAUCGUGGUGAUCCACCCCGGCUCGACCACCCUGCGGCUGGGGAGAGCCACGGACACUUUGCCCGCGGGCAUCCCGCACGUCAUCGCCCGGCGGCACAAGCAGCAGGGCCAGGCGGUCUACAGGGACAGCUGGCUCCUCAGGGACGGCCUCAAUAAACCUGAAAGUACUGAGCAGAGACAAAAUGGCCUUAAAAUGGUGGACCAAGCAAUAUGGUCCAAAAAGAUGUCAAAUGGAGCGAGGCGUAUUCCAGUGUCACCUGAUCAGGCCAGGUCUUACAACAGACAGAUGCGACCAGCUAUUUUGGACCACAGCUCUGGGGCCAAGUGGACAAACACAUCAAAUCAUCCUGAAUUUUUGGUAGGAGAAGAGGCACUGUAUGUUAAUCCAUUGGAUUCUUAUAAUAUACAUUGGCCCAUUAGAAGAGGGCAGUUGAAUCUCCACCCGGGACCUGGUGGCUCCCUCACUGCAGUAUUAGCAGACCUUGAAGUUAUAUGGUCACAUGCAAUACAAAAAUAUCUGGAAAUACCACUGAAAGACCUAAAGUACUACAGAUGCAUUUUACUAAUUCCAGACAUCUAUAAUAAACAACACGUGAAAGAACUGGUAAAUAUGAUCCUAAUGAAGAUGGGCUUCUCAGGAAUUAUUGUGCACCAGGAGUCUGUCUGUGCUACCUUUGGAAGUGGUUUAAGCAGUGCAUGUAUUGUGGAUGUGGGAGAUCAGAAGACAAGUGUUUGCUGUGUAGAAGAUGGUGUUUCCCAUCGCAACACCAGGCUGUGCCUUGCAUAUGGAGGAUCUGAUGUGUCAAGGUGUUUUUAUUGGCUUAUGCAACGAGCAGGAUUCCCAUAUAGAGACUGUCAGUUAACUAAUAAGUUGGAUUGCCUGCUGCUGCAGCACCUAAAGGAGACAUUUUGUCAUCUAGACCAGGAUAUUUCUGGAUUGCAAGAUCAUGAGUUCCAAAUUCGGCAUCCGGAUUCUCCAGCUUUAUUAUACCAGUUCCGAUUAGGGGAUGAAAAACUACAGGCUCCAAUGGCCCUGUUUUAUCCAGCAACUUUUGGAAUUGUUGGACAAAAAAUGACAACUUUACAACACAGGUCACAAGGUGACCCUGAGGAUCCUCAUGAUGAACAUUACCUGCUAGCCACACAAAGUAAGCAGGAGCAGUCUGCAAAAGCUACAGCUGAUAGAAAAUCCAUGUCAAAGCCUGGUGCAUUUGAGGGAGAAUUAAGAGGCCAAACCUCAGACAUUUCAGAGAGGAUCUACCCACAAGAAGUGGAAUUGGGAUCUUCCCAGAGUGAUUGUAUGAUAUCUGGCAAUGAUUCAGAGGAACCUUUGACUGCUCACAUGUCCAGGAAAACUGCUGUUUCUCAGUUUGAAGGCAAAGCCUUGGGCCUUGACAAAGCCAUCCUUCAUAGUAUUGACUGCUGUGCAUCUGAUGAUACAAAAAAGAAGAUGUAUAGCUCCAUCUUAGUAGUGGGAGGAGGCCUUAUGUUUCAUAAAGCUCAAGAGUUCCUUCAACACCGAAUUCUCAACAAAAUGCCUCCUUCUUUCAGAAGAGUUGUUGAAAAUGUUGAAGUAAUCACAAGACCUAAGGAUAUGGAUCCACGCUUAAUUGCCUGGAAGGGAGGUGCAGUUUUGGCCUGCCUUGACACAACUCAGGAGCUCUGGAUUUACCAGCGGGAGUGGCAGCGCUUCGGUGUCCGAAUGUUACGAGAACGAGCUGCAUUUGUGUGGUGAUGGAUGUGGCUGCAGUGGAACCUGCUUAACUCAAGAUUCCUUUCCCCACAUGCCCCCCCCCCCCCUUUUUUUUUUUUUCAGUGCAGAGGUAUUGAUCUUCUGCUGAUAUAUAUUUUUGUAUUUUAUUAAUAUUGACUUCCACUGAGAUUUUUCCAGAAGUGUUGCAAAAACAAUCUUACUGAAAUGCACGUGACUUCAGCAUUGCUACACUUCAGCUUUGGAAUUGUAGGCAUUGAAAUCUGUGUACAGAGUACCAUAGUCAUCUCCAAAUUAACUGUAUUUAUACUAUACAGGUUGUGUAUAUUAAAAUUGCACAAUGUGGGAACUUAAGGUAUAAAAUGUUGAUGAGACAGAUGUUAAGUCAAGAUUCAUUCCAGGUACAUGUACACGGAAGCAACAGCUGAAGAGUGCAACUGUGGGUUUAAUGUCUUACUCUGACUCCUACUCUAACAUUACCAGGAGAUGAAGUUGUUAUAUGUGAUCAUUAUGGAAAGAAGCAAAAUGAAGAAUUAAAACUACAGUUGCUGUUGGUAUUUUACUUAUGUAAUAAAUUAUAUUAUUCAGUGAAAAGACAAGAA